AUGGCUGGGCUCACAGGACACCAGCGUAUUCACACUGGAGAAAGACCAUAUGGCUGUGACCAGUGUGUGAAAGCUUUCCCCACAAUUAGUAGGCUUAAGACACACCAGCGUAUCCACACUGGAGAAAGACCAUAUUACUGUAAUCGGUGCGGGAAGACUUUCGCCCAAAUGGUUGGGCUGAAGACACACUUGCGUAUCCACACUGGAGAAAGACCAUAUUACUGUGAUCAGUGUGGGAAGUCUUUCACCACAAUGGCUGGGCUUAAGAAACACCAGCAUACCCACACUGGAGAAAGACCAUAUGAUUGUGACCAGUGCGGGAAAACUUUCACCACAAUAGCUGGGCUUAAGACACACCAGCAUAGCCACACUGGAGAAAGACCAUAUAACUGUGAUCAGUGUGGGAAGUCUUUCACUACAAUGCUUGGGCUUAAGGGACACAAGCAUAUCCACACUGGAGAAAGACCAUAUGAUUGUGACCAGUGUGGGAAGGCUUUCACCACAGCACAUAACUUAAAAAUCCACCAACGCAUCCACACUGGAGAAAGACCGUAUGACUGUGACCAGUGUGGAAAGGGUUUCACCACAGCAAAUAAGUUACAAAUCCACCAACGCAUCCACACUGGAGAAAGACCGUUUGACUGUGACCAGUGUGGGAAGACUUUCACCCAAAUGAGUUGGCUUAAGACACACCUGCGUAUCCACAGAGGAGAAAAACCACAUAGCUGUACGCAUUGCCCAAAGACUUUCACCACAGCAACUCAACUAAAAAUCCACGAACGAAUCCACACUGGACAAAGACCUUAUUGCUGUGACCAGUGUGGGAAGACUUUCACCCAGAUGGGUGGUCUUAAGACACACCAGUGCAUCCACAGAGGAGAAAAACCACAUGCCUGUAAACAUUGUCAAAAGACUUUCACCACAGCAGCUCAACUGAAAAUCCACCAACGCAUCCACACUGGAGAAAGACCAUAAAUCUAUGACCAGUGUGGGAAGACUUUCACCCUCAUAAGUAUGUUCAAAGAUCAUCUACAUAGACUUCUGGCACAAUAGCAAAGAGAGUAGCCGUAUAGUUUAGAGCUCCUACAUGUCAGUUAAAAUAGCCCCUCUAAAACUGAUUGACUUGAUUUACAAUUGUUUUAUAUCUUGUAAUGAAUGGAAAUAAUCAAGGUAAAAACUGCAGAAUCAAGAAAUCAACUCAAGAACAGGCUGCAGUGUUAACCCUACAUGAACACAGCAAGGCUGAUCCUGGAGACCACAUGGCAGGAAAAGUUGACCAAGACCACACCGAGGCCCUCCAAGCGGGGCUAGCAAGCAUCAGCAGAGACAUAAAAGACUUCCACCAAAACAUCAGAGAGGAGCUGCAAGAAUUUAAGAACGACAUCAAAACUGAAAUGAAACAAGAACUGACUUCGCUUAGGGAAGAUAUUUACCACAAACUCCGACAAAAUAACAAAGAGCUACAAGAGCAAAAGGCUAAGUUAGCUGAAGCCGAGAGCUGCUUAACCGAGCUGGAGGAGUGAAAUACAAAUGAACCACUGCUGAGACUACUAAACCAGACUGGACAUAUGCCAGACAAAAUAACGGAUAAUAGAGCAGGAGAUGAGGUUGUGUAGAAAUAAUAUCCACAUCUUCAGUCUACCAGAAGAAACAGAAGGAAACUCUAUGAUCAACUUCUGAGAACAGAACUGGAGCUUCCAGAGGAAAUGCCUGCAAAUACAGCACACCCACAGAACCCCUCCACAAAAGCAGAGUGCAGGUCUGCCUCCAAGAUCAGUAGUAGUCAACUUCCUACAGUUUGAAAUCAAAUAAAUGAUCCUGAAAAAGGUGUGGCAGAAGAAGUUAAAAGUGGGAGAAAUUAAUAUACAGUUUGACCACGACUAUCCACCCGAAAUUGUUCAAAAACACCGAUCAUACCUGGGCAUAAAGAUGGCACUGAGGUAGAAGAACAUCUGUUUCCAGACCCCGUUUACCAAAAUACAAAUCCAAUGGAGUGAUGGAGUAAAAAGUUAUGAUAAUGUCAGAGAGGCCACAUGGGAUAUGAGAGUAAGAGGAUUCUCACUGGAUAUGCCGAACGACACCGAUGACCAAGGGGAAGGGAGACUCUGCAGAGCGCCGGGAUGAUAGUGGGUGAGAGAUGGAGGAGUGAACUGAGACACGGCACAGCAAGUGGGGAAAAAACUACAGGAAUACCAGAGAAAGAAAUCAUUAUUCACCAGGCGAAACGGACAAAACGCUCUUAUUGAAAAAUCUGGCUUGGGUAAAGUUUCAAUAAAUAACAUAAAUGUGAAGUGGUAAAAAGUUAAUGACUGGGAUACAGUAGAGAGUAAUAUUUGGUAUUAAACAGGCUCCAUUUACAUAGAAGCAAAAAGUAAUACAUCAGUGUGGGAGAUUACUAGCAUUUUGUGGCUUAAACUAUAAUUAUUUAAUUCAUGAGUAACCGACAGAGAAGGGAACAAGUUUGAAAAUGUUGAACACUUCUAGACAGAGGACAGAUCCACAAACUGGAUAUAGAACAUGGUCUAGGGAUGGGCCCUCAUCUGACAUGAGGAUUCCCUGUCCACCCUCCAACAGGGACUUUGGGGGAAGUAGGGUGAGUACCCCAAUAUGGAAGUUCAAUGUUGUUCCUAUUGUUCAUAAAAUGUUUCAUAUUUGCUUUGUUUUGAGUUGUUUGGGUGAACAUGUACAUGCAAUAACUCAAUAUAAUGGUAUAUAACAAUCUGAAAAUAUUGUUGUUAAAUAUAAAUGGGUUAAUUUCACCUGUACAGAGAGAAAAUGUCAUGACAAAACUGAAAAAAGAGAAGGUUCAAAUCAUAUUUCUACAAGAGACCCACCUAUCUAAGGCAGAACACGAAAAACUAAAAAAAUGUAGCUAUAGGAAUUCAAAUGACAGUUUGUA